AUGGACGUUCUCGACCGUAUGACCGUUGAGGAAUAUUAUGCGAACUUCCCAAGGUCUUGCAAUAAGACCAUCAGGAUUCAGGCCUCUCCGAAUUCGGCCUUCCAAACCACUCCCUACGGGUUGAGACUCCUCGCCGAGGAAGCCGAGAAGGAUAAGGAAGUCGAGAAAGAAGAUGAGGAGGACAGGCAGGAAAAAGAGAAGACCGAAGAAAAAGGAAAGGAAAAGAAUUAG